GGAGUUGUCAUACUCCGUAUAUCUUUAGCAUCUCAAUUAGAAAAGGGUAUACAGUUAUGGUUCCCAUCCAAAUUCGUUUCUCGUCUGGAGCGCGCCUUCGCAUCAGCAUCCAACAAAACCCAAAUUAGUCUCAUCUUCUUGAUUAGUGCUAAUUACUGAGUAAUAGUAAUCAUCAUAAAUAAUUAUACUUAAUGAUUCAUCUCUAUCUGUCUCCUCUGCGGCUUGCCGAAUUAUUCAGCUACUGCUUCCCUGGGUUCUCCACGCAAUCUCUCGCCAUCACUCAUCCGCUUGUUUAUACUUCCAAGUAAGUACUCUCUCAUUCUCUGGUUCUGUCUUCCCCUGCGUCUCGUUCGAUUCAGUUCAAGAUCCUCUUUUGCAUAUUCAACCUUGAUCUGUGUCAUCGAGCCUCUUUUUAUGGAUCUGUUCUCCGGUUAUUUGUGCGGAGUAGGAUAUGUAAUUCUCAAAAUUACAUUGCCAGGGAUCAAAGAUAAUGCUCAUCAGAUUAGCUCGUUGGUUCGUUUGGUAUAAGGGAAUUUAGAGAACCCAGAAUUCGAUCCAUACAUGUUGUAUUGGUCAGAAGUAGUAUUAACUCAGAAAUGGAUUUGCACGGAAAUCCACAGGGAGAGCAUGGGAGGUUUGAGCAGAUUCUCUCUCAGUUUCUUCUAAAAAGUUUGCAUAUAGUAUUGGAUUCGAGGGUUCCUUCAACCAGAAACCAAGCGCGGAUAGGAGAAGUUAAAAAAAGUGACAAAUGGUUCAAUUUGGUGUUAGGAGAUCGUCCUUCUGUUCUUGAUAAUUUGAAUUUUUGGCAUAGAAAUUUGAUGGAACCUAUGAAUAUUGAUAUUGUUCUUGUUCAAGACAAGUCAGGGUCUGGUUUAUCAUCAACUGUUAUAGAGAGGUGGAUUGUUCAAUAUGAGAGUAAAAGGACUUCGUCCUCUCAAGUUGGGGAUUCUUCUUCUUCUUACAAGAAAACAUACAAGAAGCUAAUUAUACUUUUGCGGUCCCUUUAUUCAAUUACAAAGCUCCUUCCAGCUUAUAAGGCCUUCAGGAAACUAAGUUCUUCUCAGAGUUGUGAUUUUGAGCUUAAUUACAAAGUCUCUUCAUUUAGUGCUCCCUUUUCUAGAACAGAAGAGCAGUUGAUGAAACAUUAUUCUUUCAUUCCAGUUGAUGAUCAAAACGGCUGUUUUUGUUUAUCCGUGACGUAUCAUGAAAAUCUUCUCUCUGAGUUUAAUCUGGAAACUUCUGCUUGUUUUCCUCCUGAGAUCAUCUCAGAUUAUGUCGGUAGUCCUCUUGCUGAUCCUAUGAGGUCAUUUCCUUCCAUGUCACUGGAUAAGGGCGUCCUCCCUACAUCGUACCCCUUAAGAAGGACACAGUCAUCCACUCCGGGACCAUUUCACCGGCCCCAUAGUUGGACGAGUGGAGUCCACAGGGGGAUUUCCUUAGCUCAGAAUGACCGGCUUCGUUGGACGGCUGGGGUCCACAAUGGGAUUUCCUUAGCUCAGAAUGAACGUUUUUUAGGAUCUCCAUCUCCACCCUUUUCACCACCUGCAUACAUCUCAGAAAGUUCCCCGGUCAAUAUCCCACACUCAAUGAAUAUCAGAAAUUCCAGAUACACUUCUCAUAAUUUUUCUGACCCCAACAGGAUUUUACUCCCACCUCAAUCCCCUCGAAGCACGAAGCAUGAAUCCUUGUCUCAUGAAUACCCUUCUGGAAUUAGGACAUUGAAGAAACCAGAUGCAGCAAGGGCAGGGGAGACAAUGUUCGGUAGUGCGAAUCUGAGCCCGAAGAUUUCAAGAGAUGUCAAAGAUGAUUCCGGACGUUUUUCUUCAAGUGAUUCGCCACGUAUAGGAUUCUCAAGAAGUUCUAGUAGAGUAUCAGUCCAGGGGGACUUGGAUGACCCUGACUUUGCUUGCCCAUUUGUUGUUGAUGAUGUUGAUAGUUCAAGUUCCCUACCCAGUCAAAACCUAGACAAGAAGGCCGUGGGUUCAGAAUCGCCUUCACAGACAUUUUUUGGAACCAGAAAAGCACAAGACUCUGCUGUUGGUGCCCUUGUCCAGAUGCUGAAGACAGCUCCCCCACUACGCCAAGAUUCUAGCUGCUAUUCCACCACUUCUUCUGUAAAACCUGAUCUUGAAGGAGAAGGAAUAACUGAUUCUUUUGACCUUUCUGCCCCUCGAAAGAUCUCAGAUGCAUUGGAGGAGCUUAAAGCAUACAAAGAACUCAAAGACGUUCUGCUCUCCAAGAGCGCACUCCGCAAUUCAGAAUCCUAACCCGCUUAGUUUAUCCCAUUUGGCCAUGUAAACUGCUCUCCCAUUUGACUUGUACUGUAACAACUGCAUAUAGAUUAACCAAAUUGUGUACAUAGUUGGAAAUGAAAAGUCAUUAGGGAAGGUUGGUGGCCUGUAACUCUGCAGGUGUUAAUGCGUAUUGAAUUGGAAUACUUGGACGUGUUUAUGCAUUUGUACUUCUAAUGUUUGUUAUAUACAAGAUUAAGUGCAGCAGGCAAGUGAGUGUAUGAACCAAAACUGCCUCUGACCAUAAGGGCAUAGGCUUCCGUCUUUUAUUAUGCCUCCACUAACCUAUAGUGGCUUAUCUAAUUGUCUUUAAC